CGUAAAAAAAAAAUACAAGAAAAUAUUGUUAAAAUUGGUUUGGGGCUCAUAACCUAAUUGUUAAAAUAAUAAGCACAUGGGAAUGGGAUUUUACUAUAUCACAGACAUACAUACCAGUAUACCACACAUGCACUUUUAUCAUUACAUGGUAUUUUAAUCUUUACUCUCUACGAUCAAACUAGAAGUCCAAAACCAAAGUGUAGACGUCAUGAAAAUCGAGCUUGUCUUCAUACCAUCUCCGGGCGUUGGCCAUAUCCGAUCAACAACGGCGUUAGCGAAGCUUCUCGUAGACAACGACGACCGCCUCUCCGUCACUCUCAUCGUCAUCCCUUCACAAUUCGCUGACAACGCUUCUUCCUCCGUCUACACUAAGCCCGAAGACCGUCUCCGCUACUGCCUCCUCCCCGCCGUUGAUCAAGAUCCGAACCAAACAUACAUAUCUUACAUUGAGAGCAAAAAACCAUAUGUAAGAGCCGCCGUGUCCGAACUCGCCACGGACGUUUCCACACGUUCAGACUCGCAGCUCGCUGGGAUUGUAGUGGACAUGUUCUGCACGUCGAUGUUAGACGUGGCCGACGAGCUUAACCUCCCGACUUAUAUCGUCUACACGUCGAACGCUUCAUAUCUCGGGCUACAGUUUCAUGUUCAAUCUCUUUACGAAGACAAAGAACUCGACGUAAGUGAGCUUAGAGACUCUGAUGUAAAGUUUGACGUUCCAACUCUGACUCGACAGUUUCCGGCGAACUGUUUGCCUUCAGUGAUGCUAACCAAGAAAUGGUUUUCUUACGUUUUGGGUCGAGCUACAAGUUUUAGAAAGACGAACGGUAUUUUGGUGAACUCAGUGGCUGAGUUGGAACCUCAGGCGUUGAAGUUCUUUUCCGGCGGGAAUGGGAAUACAAAUAUUCCUCCGGUUUACACGGUUGGGCCCAUUAUGGACUUCAAAACCAACGGCGAAGAUGGGAAGAGAAUGGAGAUUUUACGUUGGCUAAGAGAGCAACCGACAAAAUCUGUAGUGUUCCUCUGCUUCGGGAGCAUGGGAGGUUUCACUGACGAACAAACACGAGAAAUAGCCGUGGCGCUAGAGCGGAGCGGCCAUAGGUUCUUAUGGUCCCUCCGUCGCGCUUCUCCCGUGGUGGAAGACAUGAUUGGUUCUCCUCCCGGAGAAAUUACGAACUUAGAGGAGAUUCUUCCAAAAGGUUUCUUGGAUCGGACGGUGGAGAUUGGAAAGAUCAUAAGCUGGGCACCACAAGUAGCUGUUCUUGAGAGCCCUGCGAUAGGAGCGUUUGUAACACAUUGUGGAUGGAACUCGAUUCUUGAGAGUCUAUGGUUCGGUGUUCCCAUGGCUGCGUGGCCUAUCUUUGGGGAACAACAGUUUAACGCGUUUCAUAUGGUGGAGGAGCUUGGUUUUGCGGCGGAGGUGAAGAAGGAUUAUCGGAGAGAUUUUCUGGUGGGUGAGCCAGAGAUUGUGACGGCUGAGGAGAUUGAGAGAGGGAUCAAGUGUGCGAUGGAGCAGGAUAGCAAGAUGAGGAAGAUAGUGACUGAGAUGAAGGAUAAACUCCACGUGGCGUUGCUGGACGGUGGAACUUCUAACUGUGCUCUUAAGAAGUUUGUUCAAGACGUGGUCGAAAAUGUUCCAUAGAAAUCAAUGUAGUCCGACAAAAAAAUUUAUGAUGAAAUAAUUAAAGACCACAAAAAUGACAUAUACUGUAUAUGUCUGUCUGAAAGUGAUGAUAUGUAUAACAAAAUAUCUACGUCUACUUUUGGGUAAGAAAAAAAUUCAGUUUAUGUCC